AGGCUUGUUAUUUGAUAUAGAUUCCGGAAAUUGCGCUUACGCGUACGAGUAUAAAUGAACUGCUUUUGCCGUUUGUUAACCAUAAUUCGCUUGUACAACUCACUGUGAGCACACUAUCAAGCCACGAGUUCUUCAACUUCUACUUUGUCUUUUAACUAAUACUUUAGUGUUGACAGUGUGUCAGUCAUCUGUCAAUUGAUUCUUCAGUUAACGUCAUGACCGAGGUUGUAGAUAAAAAAUGGUAUUUGAAGUACGUGGAAGACGAAGGCGUUUUUGUCAAGAUUGGGGACGCAAGAUUUCAAACAAAGACUGGUCAGCUGACUGAACAUAUACUGAAAUAUAUUCCCUGUAAACAGAAGAAACAACAAAAUUUUGUCACGGUGAGUAAGCCAAUGAAGUAAGAUUAUUGCCUGCUGUUGAUUGAUUGAUAGUUGUAUUAUUACCUAAUCUUGGAAUAAAAGUUGACAAUCGAGUCUAAGAUUUCGCGAGUUUAUAAAUGUUUUUGAACUUUUGCUAACGUUUUCCUGCAAUCAUUGAACAAAAGCACGCAUUCCAUAACAUUAAAAAAAUCAAAAACACUUCGUUGUCAAACAGUUAGUUGCGUGCAAUUCUAAACCGUAAUCGAUCAAAGACUGACUAAAAUACAAAUGCUGAAUAAUAGAGAAGUUUCUUCGGUUUGCCCUUUUCAUGAAAUUAUGCUUUUUUGUGUGUUAGAUAUGCUUUAAAGUACCAACCUCGCCAAGUGGAAAAGCCCAAGCGAAGUUUAAUAUAGAGAACUUCCAAAAGGACCUCUGCACUUCCUUGASAGGUCUAGAGCCUACAAUGAUUGCUGUAGACUUUGUAGCAAAGGUAAAAGAGCAAACUAUAUCGGAUGCACAGUCGUCCACAAUCGAUAUCAGCGAGUCUGCAACACCCCUGAGCGCCAGUCCAGUAAGCACACCAAGAAAUACACCAACAACAGCAGCUGCACCUAAGAAAAAAAGCAAGAGACCAGCUACAGCACACGAAAAAGUUGACUUGCCGUCACCAGAAAAGAAAUUCCGUGCGUGUGACAUCGACCAGAAGAUCGACAGUGCUUAUAUUGGACACUUUCAUCUAAAAGUUGAUAGUCUGGUAAACUUCUGCCCUGACAGAUGGAUUGAUCGUCAACUAGAUAGCGAUCACGUCAAAGAACUAGAAGAGGGGUUAACAAACAACCCAACUCUCCUCAAGAACCAGCAGCCGUGGAUUGGUAUAACGGAUCUAACAAAGACAGACCUAGCGGCAGCGGGGGCUAAAGCAGCUAUUAAAGGCUGUCGGAUUACUGUCAUUGGUGGUCGACAUCGACAGGCAGCUUAUAACAAGGUAAAUUGUUUUUGAUUUAUAACGUGAACGACUAGAAAUCUGUAUUUCCUUUGUUUGGACUCAUGGGAAACAAUAAGGUUACACGUAUAUCAAUAUGAAAUAGUCAAGCAUAGAUAAAUAUUAGUAUUUGUAAUCUUUUUACGAAAUUUGACAGGUCUCAAAAGUCAGCAGCGUCCACUCCAUGGAACUUGAGAAAGUCUGGAUUGACCUCUAUGGAAGUGAGUUGAAUGACGAAGAAAUCAGGCGUCUGGCAUGUACACACAAUACUGCAAACAAAGGUAGUAUGGCUACCAAUUAUGCAACGCGUGUACGAGCCUGUCGCCAAUGGCUCUACAAAUUGGCUGGGAAAGAUCCGGAGAAUGACGAAACCCCUUCAUCGACACAGCAGUGGAAGAUCGCGUGCCAAAAAAUGUACGCUCCAUCAGAUAAGGAUCCAAACACCCUCGAGCCAACUUUGCAAGCUGCUUUACUGAGCAAAAACUUAUAUGAAGAGUUUUCAAAGGUUUGUGAGAUGUUUUACCGGGGAGCGCUGAAAGAUCAAAAGGUCACAAAAAGAAAGGGAGGAAAGGUGGAACUUACUCAGAACCAGCUUGGUAUGCCUCUACAAGGCCUGAACGAAGACUCCAAGCUGGCCGUACUAAGAGAGGUUACAACUAAAAAGCUCUCACUGAAAGAGAUGAAGAAAAAAUGCGAAAGAAUUAAAAAGAAACAGCUUGUUGUCGCAGCGUUUUUGAGACAUGCAGGAGAAAGUUCGUGGGAAGCGUUAAAGGAAAGAUUUCCUCUACAUACCACAGAAGAAAAAGUUGCUCAGUUUAGCGAGUCGUCCAUUACAAAGACGAAAACUCCACAGGAAGUUAUCAAUUUCUUUGAAAAAGCCAUUGAAUGGGAGAAACAGGAAGGACCAAUCAAUUUGCAGGAGGAGAGGGAGGGGAUCUUUAUUUACAGCAAGGGGAAUCAGUAUGGCAUACUGAUGGAGGGAAACAUUGGAAACAUUGGCACUGAGAAAAUCAAAAGAAUCGUUGGAAAGGUUCCCUUUAAAGGAUUCUCUCUCGUGACUGUGUCAUUAUCAAGUGUAAGUACGUAAGAAGUAUUUAUCCGGAAAUUCACCUUUUCGCACUUUACGGACAGACCAGACGUUUUUCAUGUUUUUUCUCGCCACAUACUUUGGGCACGCGGUUCAAUCGUCGUAAAUGAGUAUAUUUAUCGUAAUCAAGGUGAUAGCGAUUAAAGAACAAUCUGCRCAUGCUACUGCCAAUUUURGAUGUCUGUGCACAUCUAAUGAUCACAAACUCAUUUAAGAAUAUUUGUUGUAAKAGGAUUUGACAACAAAGCAACURCAGCUGUUUCUAAAUUGCAUCCACGCAGCCAACGUAGACAACCUCAGUUAUUAUACUGUYGUUCUGUUUGUCGAACCAACCGAAGUCAAUGCCAUUAAAGGUGCUUUGGAGAGCAGGUUUGRCGUCGUUGAGACAGCCUACUGGAUAGACAUGAAAAAGUGUACUYGGAGAAAAGGGGGUAAGCAUUAUAUUUUAAUUAUUAAAUCAGUGACAUGAACAUACUUUACAGCCUUUUUCAUCCUCUCUUAU